AUGGUGACCCAGUUUUCGACCGACCGCACCGCGCCGCAUUCCUCCAGUUUUCACCUUUUCCCUCUCCCAAGUGAGGAAAAGCAGGCAAAGGCCAACACGGAACACGAGUUGAGUGCCGCUCUGGCUCGCCACGGUCACCACUUGGCUCAGAUGCUUCGCCUCAAACAGGACGAGCUCGAGAGUCAAUUCGACCUUCGCAUGCGAGAAGCCCUUGAGGAACAGAAGGUCGCCAUUGAGGGUGAAAUCUAUCGCUGGAUUCGUCGUAUGGAAGCCAUUGAACACGUAGUGGACUGUCGUGCUGAUAUCGAUCGAGUUGCUAAGGAGACGCAGGCCCUCUGGCUCGCUGUAGAAUCCCUCGCUUUCGCUUUGGAGAUGCCGUUUUCAAAAAUUGGCGCCACAAGCAGUCUGCAACGCCAAUCCGGUGAGUUCAAACCAUUCUAUGUGAGCGAACCACUGGGUAGCUAUGUGGAGACUGUCAAAGAAACUGCUGGCCCAAAUCACGAAUUCGCAGCUGUGGUUGUUGACAGUCUACCCGAAGAGGUGCUAACUAAAGGUGUCUAUACAAGGCAGGGUCUUCUUCAUCGCUUCAAUAAGGUUUAUAAGACCGCAUGCAAUGUCGCACUAGUUGGCGAAACUGGCGGAUCAUUGUGGAGCUAUGCCAUCUCUUGGUUGCAGGCCCGUCUACUUUUCGAUAGUCUAGGUCGCAGGCGAAUGCUUUCUAGACUUCCAGGUGUAGGUACCACUCUUCUGACCCCUGAAAGCGAAUGGCCAGAAGAUGAGUCGAAAAUGCCCGAUGCUUUUUGCCUCCUCACAAGUGCUCGUGCUGCUCUGAUGCCCGAGACUGAUACUGCUGUGAAUGUGGACCCCACCAACUCUGCCGAUAUUGAGUUUGCUGUCCAACUUCUUUCUCAACUUCGUGGACAGCCUGCUUCAGUGGCUGCUGACUGGAUCCGUGAUGCGAGACGCUUCCUUGAAGUGCAUCAGGCUGUUCAAGCCCUCUUGUCGUAUGCUACAGCUCAAAAUGUGUCAGUAUUUGAAGAAAGGCUCUAA